UACUGCAACACAAAACUAAAAGAUUUCAUCUCGAUCAAAGGAAAAUGUCUGGGCGCGGCAAAGGAGGAAAGGGUUUGGGAAAGGGUGGAGCUAAGCGUCAUCGUAAGGUGCUUAGAGAUAACAUCCAGGGGAUCACGAAGCCGGCCAUUCGCCGCCUGGCUCGUCGUGGCGGCGUCAAGCGCAUCAGCGGUCUCAUCUACGAGGAGACUCGCGGCGUCCUCAAGAUCUUUUUGGAGAAUGUAAUUCGCGACGCCGUCACCUACACUGAGCACGCUCGCCGGAAAACCGUCACCGCCAUGGAUGUUGUCUACGCUCUCAAGAGGCAGGGCCGCACUCUCUACGGCUUUGGCGGCUGAGAUCUUGGAAAUGCUUGUAAAUGCCCUAGAAUUUGGGGAUUUUAGUGUCAUGCUGUUUCCAAAUUUUUAGAUUUUAGUAUCAUUGUUACUCAGAUCUCAUUUGAAAUUGAAAUGAAUGUUUCUUUCGAAUUUCUUUUUA